AUGGCCGGCGGAUUCUCGAAGCAAGGAACAUCCAUUGUUCAUAUUGCUAUUUUCAUCGUGUCACUGGCAGCUGGUUCGACUACAUACACUGCCAGGACUAUCAAAAUGAAGGAAGAAGAAGAGAGCAACGGAUGCCAGAGGGUUUCACUUCCACAUCAAGCUGUUUCUUUGACUCCACUGCCAGUUGAGCUCGACCUUGAUGAAGGACUUCAACAGCUAAACUCAGAUUACUUCAUUAAGGGCUUUAUCUGGGGUUUGACUGGUGAAAUUCGAGCAUUGGUGAGGAAGGUUCGGCCACAAACUCUUCUAGAAGCUUAUCACCAUGCUCAGUUGGAAGAAGCUUCCAUCAAGGCCUGCAAAAGGAAGAAGCAAUCACAGAUUGGUGAUUACUUGGGAUUGGGCAAUACAAGAGCUAACAUCAUGGAUGAAGUUGCUCACUCUAUUCCUUCUCCAUACCUAGUUGAUGAGAAUGGUGAUUUUGUGACUAAAGAUGGUGAGAUGAGCGCAAACAAACUCCGCAGCCCUGUACUAGAGUCAUCUGCUCUGUGGGAGUGGAAGCAGAAUCAGCUGUACAAUGGUGUUUCACCUAUGAAGACCAACAGUGUGGUGUUGGCGAGCAGUCAUGAUUAUUGGUGGCCUCGGGUGAAGUUUAAACAAAAUGAUGCUUCUCUAAACUUCAAAGAACCAUAUAAAGACUGCGUUUUAAAGGAAAGAACUGUUGAUGUUAAAGCAGGAAAUGUGUACCAGGAAGGCAGCAGUUGUCUGGAUUUCCAUGACUUAUCGUGCUUCUAUGAUCUUAUUUUCUUCAUCUCUCACGGAAAUGGUCAAAAGAACAUUACUGUAAACAAGGCGGUUACUGCAUGGGGAUGGGUUUUGGCUGGGACGUUUAGGUUGCAAAACCAAUGACUUGAGGACAAGCCUAUUCUCAAGGGGUCGGGAUUGUAA